AUGACCCAGAGCUCUCAGCUCUCUCCCGGGCAGCCUUCUCCGGAGUCGCCCUUUGAUCCACCGGAUGGUCGGAUCGCUCAUACCCUCACCGCAUGCACUAGAUGUCGACAGCGGAAAUCUAGAUGUGACCCCGGAAUCCCUCGAUGUGCACCCUGCGAACGAAGUAAUGCCAAGUGUGUCUACUACGACUCCACCCGAGACGCCCCCAUUCCACGGACCUAUAUUGUCUCCCUACGUGAAAAAGCCCGCGCCCUCGAGAGAGAACUCGCAGCAGCGGAGAAGGAGAUUCAACAUGCGGCUGAUGCGGAAUUGAUGGUGCGGGGCGCUGGUCGCAUCCGUUUCCAGGAAAAUGACGAGCCACGAUACCUAGGACCCUCCAGUGGCAUUGCCAUGACGCGUCUUGUUAUGGAGAUGGCCAAACAAAAUACAGAUUCCAAGAGCAUCAAAGAUGUCGUGCCCGAAUUAACAGCUCAGGAAAUUAAGGCUGCCUUUGCACAAGAACACUCGAAACCGACUUCGAAAGUUUACCCGAUGAUCAGUUCACUUCCACACCCGGAAUUACCCUUGCCGGGGUUGACAUACAAGUUGAUAGAUCUGUUUGUGGCAAAAGCACAAGCUUUGCUCCCAACUUUACAUGAACCUAGUUUCAGACGAGAAGCCGACGAGGUCUUGAAUGGCUCAACUGACCCUUGCCAUAACUUUCAACUACGAAUGGCCAUUGCAAUCAGCAUGCAAAAAUUGAGUCCGGACUAUGCCGGUCUGGCAGAUAGUUUUUAUUUAGCCGCAUUACCAUUCCUAGAACCAACUCUCAAGGAGAUGGAUAUAAGAGCGUUACAAUGCUUGGUCAUGAUUGCUCAGUAUUCCAUGCUGACCCCGACUCGAACGGCUGCAUACUGGGUUGUGGGAACAGCUGUCAAGCUGUGCCAGGAUCUUGGCUUGGCCGAAGAAGCUACCAUCACCAUCUCCCCCGACGGCGGAAUCCUGAAUCCAUUAGAGAUCGAUAUGCGCCGCAGACUAUUUUGGAUCGUCGCAUCCAUGGAGUUGGGGCUUUCUCACUCAUUGGGCCGUGCCAACUGCUUCAGUGUCAGCCACGACAACAUCGACGUCAACUUUUUCGAGUUAGUCGAUGAUCGGUACAUUACAGCUGACGGUGUCAUACCGGGAGCGAAACCUGUGAUCGGUAAAUGUCUUGCUAUUCAUUUUUUCAAGAUGCGGCUACUUCAACUGGAAGUUCGACGUGCCCUAUAUCUCAAACGACGUGAGAGUCCGGUGGAUGAUCAAGAUCCCUGGUUCUCCUAUAUGUCAGCCAAGAUCGACCAGUGGAUGGAUUCUUGCCCCAGGAAUGACGAUGGCAGCGGCUUGGAUGUGAAAUGGUUCAAAGGAAGAAUGAAUACUAUAGUCAUCCUGAUGUACCGACCAUCACCUCAAGUACCGGAGCCAUCGAUCAAUGCCGCGAAGAUAUGCUACGAGUCAUCAACAUUCAACAUUGCCAUGCAUAAAGAACAGAUGGUGACGGGAUCAGUGGAUGUAACCUGGAUCUUUACUCAAUCCCUCUUCAUGGCUCUCAACACUGUCUUGUGGACACUCUCCUACCCAGAGAUCCGGAAAGAGCACCCGGUCGAAGAAGUGCAAAACUAUCUGGACAUGGCCCUGGAAGUGCUUGUAUUCACAGCCGAACGAUGGCCCGGUGUCCAAUCGGCAUUAUUGCUCUACAAGCGUCUCGUUGCCGCUUGCUUGAAGGCUUAUAGCACCGAAGAAUCCUUUGUCGUUCAUUCCCCAUCCAAUCAUCCCACCCCAACCUCUUCGCAAGAGGUCACGACACCCCCGACGAUGUCCAGCCCCUCCAGUACCACGACCGCAUCUUAUUAUGCCCACAGUUAUCGGGCAGGAAACCACUCAAUAGGCGACACCGCAUCAACUGGCACUUUAUCCAGAGGCCAGUCUGCUGAUCCGACUGUGCCUUUUAGCGAAGAAUCCACACCUCCUGCUUUGAGACUUCCAUCCAAGCAGCCCUUAAUCCUUCCCAUGUCCGAAUUCGGUAUCCCAUCAUCGUCAACCGCUCAGCCCCAGACGUUCCCCUACUCACCAGAAGAUUUCUGUGUACCCAGCUCCCUUUUCUCGGAUGUUUCUAUUGACCCAACAACGCCCUAUAACUCAAUGCCCUCAGUGGUACCUGGUCUUCAAGGCUGGGAUCCCCACUUCUCUCUUGCUUCCACGACAGCCAGCCAUCUAGCCUAUGUUGAUGCCACCGUUGAUCCCAUGCAAUGGACAACUACAAUUGGAGACCAAUAUUCCCAAUACUUCAAUGAACCGUUCCCAGUACCAUCAUGGCGAGAGCGUACACUCAGUCAACAGGAACAGAUUGAGUUGAUGGCAUCACUAGAGCAAGAUAUUCCGGAUGUUUCGGCUCAGUUGGUACAUCAAUCCCAUGCCUUUUAUCAAUCAUGA